GGGGGGGGGGGGAAUGUCAUUUUACUAUCUUGUAAAACUGCCUGUGGUGGAUCUGUAUCCUGAAAGGUAUGAUAUAAAUGAACCAUAAUUCAUCAAUGGCCAUUGAAAAGACUAGCCAAACGGACAGAAGACGAGACACGAGAGCACCAGGGAGCUAGCCACCCAGCAUUUUGAGAGGUCCUAUGCCAGAGGAAUGUCAGGAAAUGCCAUUGCAUGCAUAUCAUAUGCCAAAAGAAUCUGUCUGAUCACUGCGGGAAUCGGAAUGCUGGACCAAAUCGACAUUUGAUUCAAUCCAGGAAGGCUCAUCUUCCAUACUUGCAGAAAAAAGAUGAAAAAUAUUUCUAAAAUCACCCGUUCCAGGUCUGACCACCAAUAAUCCAAGAAUCAAGCUGAUGUUCAUAUUUCUACACAGGCACAUUUUUACCUGAAGGUAUAUUUACAACAGAACCAAACUGGUGCUGGUCAUGACUCAGGUGUAUCAUACCUGCUUUUACUCACCACACUUUAAAAGAUGGAGAGGAGGAGAAAAACAAAUCCAGAGAGCAUGUUGCAUACAACGAGACACAACAAAGAGUCCCGAAUUUAUGACAUAAGGAAAAGUUGGUGGAACUGUGCUUGUUUAGCUUAGAGAAAUGAAGAUUAAAGCAGUACAUGAUAUCAGUUGGCAAAUAUCUAGACUGCAAUAAAGAUCACAUGGAACUGUUCACCUGAGUCACAAGGGAAGGGCAAGAAUCAAGUUGAGACACAGCAGAUUUAGGCAGGAUAACAGAAAAAGCUUUUGAAACUUAAGCACAGUUAGGCAAUUGAAUAAGUGAUGUAGGGAAUUUGUGGAGUCACACCCACCCACCCACCCAAAAUGUUUUUGACAAGAGAUGAGCAAACAGAGGAAUCCCUGCAAAUUCAGUAGACAAUCUGCAAGGCACUGAAGGCCAGUCUUCAAAUCCCUUCAGGUGAUGUGGUUACCUCAGUCCUAAAUUCACACCCACCUAUACCCAGUUCAUCACACAAAAAGAGGGUGGGGAGAAAGCUCGCAAUGCUUAUAUUGCCACACAUUGUGCAAAAGCAGCCAUAGGUAAAGGUAAAGGGACCCCUGACCAUUAGGUCCAGUCGUGACCGACUCUGGGGUUGCGUGCUCAUCUCGCAUUAUUGGCCGAGGGAGCCGGCGUAUAGCUUCCAGGUCAUGUGGCCAGCAUGACAAAGCCACUUCUGGCAAACCAGAGCAGCACAUGGAAACGCCGUUUACCUUCCCGCUGUAGCGGUUCCUAUUUAUCUACUUGCACUUUGACGUGCUUUCGAACUGCUAGGUUGGCAGAAGCUGGGACCGAGCAACGGGAGCUCACCCUGCCACAGGGAUUCGAACCGCUGACCUUCUGAUCAGCAAGCCCUAGGCUCAGUGGUUUAACCACAGCGCCACCUGGGUAUACCCAGUUCAUCACACAAAAAGAGGGUGGGGAGAAAGCUCGCAAUGCUUAUAUUGCCACACAUUGUGCAAAAGCAGCCAUAAGUUAUGUUAAGUCAGUGCACACAAUUAAAUGUCUCACAGCAAACCCUCAGUGCCAUCAACCUAGGAAGACACCUGACUUAAAACAGUUUGACUAAGCCGGCAGUUGGCAAAGGAAUCUCAGCAUGUGCAAACAUUGUCUUACCCUAAGGCUACUGCCUUCCACAGAUAACAUGCCACCAAACACUGUCUCCUGAAGCUCUAUUCCCAAGACACCCUUUGUGUGGGAUUCCCAAAGCCAACAGUAAACCUGGCAAGAUAUUUUGAUUAAGUCCUCUUCCUAAUGUUGCCAACUGUCCAGGAAAAAAGGGGGAUCCUUAUUCCUAGCCUUCCCUUGUGAAUAAAUGAAAUGGGGAAGUCACUUUCCUAGCUCAAUCGAGAGAGCAUAAUAAGACUCUUAAGAGAUUCUUAAUCCCACAGUCACGGGGUUGAGCCUCACAUUGUGUGAAAGAUUCUUGCACUGCAGGAGGUUGGAUUUAGAUGACCCUUGUGGUCCCUUCCAGUUCUACAAUUCUAUGAAAUAAACUUCUGUCUAGAAAUGAAGUGGCCCUAUGGGGAAAGGCGCAGUCCAGCUGAAACAGGCAUUGUUGUUGGUAUUUGCUUUCAUGCCACCCUCUUCUGUACAUUACAUGAAGAAGUAUUUCUGAACCUAUUACCAAUUAAUCUCUCUCUGCACAGAAUUGUUAAUUUUCUCAUAGGGCAGUUAAAAUUUAAUUUCUAAAGUUGAAGUUUUUGUACAUGGAAUUAAAUAUUUUCUUCCAGUCUCUGUGGGAGACUGAUUAUUAACUUUGAAUACAGAAGCCAGUGUGGUCAGACUCUAAUAUAAUAAAGCUCAAACAUGGAUUGCCAAAUUGAGGAAUAGGAAAUAAUACAUGGAUUUACCAACCCAGAUGAAUAGGGCAUGUGUGAUUAUUGACAGCAAUAGGCCUGUGCUUUAUCUUUUUAUCCUGCCCCUUCUAUAAAGAGCUCAGUGUGGUGCAUAUAGGGGUUAUCUUAUUUUAUCCUUGUAACAGCCCUAUGACAUAAACUGGGUCAAGAGUUUGUGACUGGCCCUGUAGCACUCAUACGGUAGCUUCAUGACUACAGAGGGGCAUGAUCUUGAGUUUUCCCUGCCUGUGUCCAACUAUUUGGCGGCUACAUUACAUUGACUUCUUGACUAGUGACAGUACAAAGCACAAUCUUAUUAACUCUGUGUAGGGCUGGCAAACUGGCUUGCAGGAUGUCAUCCUGGUGAUGAUACCGGUAGAGCUCCCAUCAUCCACAAUCCAGGAGGAGAAAAGGCUUAGUGAUCUGAUGAUCUUUUGCGUAAGGAUAACACAGACAUUUCUCCCUUACUUUGGACAGAGAGAAUGGCAAAUGGUCCAAGGUGGGGUUUUUUGUUUUUCUUAUGUCUGUUUUCGAAGAUGUAGCUGUUUUGGAAGUAGUUCAAGGGGCUGGUUCUGUUCCUCAGAAGGACUUUGAUCUUAGAGUAGUUCAGGAGAUUCUCCCCAAAUCCAGGGGACAAAACCAAGUUACACCUUUCCUUGUUCUGGUCUCCGACUGUAAUAAAUUAUCUAUCUAUCUACCUUUCCUUGUGGCACUCAGCAAUACUCUCAAUGUGGAGUUGGAAACAAGGGGGAGAAAAAUAUAUGAAUGAAUAAGGAGACUUACAACUUAUGCCAGAAAAUGUUAUGUAUUACCUGCUUCAAGAUGCCAUUCAUGGAUUCACUUGUUGCUGCUGAAUUUCGAGCAUGGUGGUGACUGUUCUCUGUGGGAUCAGGGCAACAAGAAAGCCAAUACCUACUGCCUCAUGCAACCUGUACAAGGCAUUUGGGCACCACACACAACUUUUAUAGUUGCAGAAUGAAUUGCAUUUCUUGAAUACAGUGGUACCUUGGGUUACAAAUGCUUCAGGUUACAAACGCUUCAGGUUACAGACUCUGCUAACCCAGAAAUAGUACCUUGUACCUUGGGUUAAGAACUUUGCUUCAGGAUGAGAACAGAAAUUGUGCUCUGGCAGCAGGAGGCCCCAUUAGCUAAAGUGGUGCUUCAGGUUAAGAACAGUUUCAGGUUAAGAACGGACCACCAAAAUGAUUUAAGUUCUUAACCAGAGGUACAACUGUAAAUUGGUGUAGUGAGCUUUUGCUUCUAAGACUGGAAUUUUAAAAGAAUUUGGCAAGAAGUAGAAUAUUUUUUCCACUUAUUCAAGUAUCUGUAUUGAAAUAUUUUUACUUUUUUUAAAAAAAGAACUCCCCUCACUCCCUCAGUCUGUGCUGUAAUUUUUGCCCUUUGGCAUUUUUUUUUUCAUUUUACACUUGAUCUUAGCCAAAAGGCCGAGUCUGAUAUCCUCAAGGUGCAUUCAGGAACACACAUUGUUAAGCCUUGCCCAGGUUUGUGUAAAACAACAUUGUAAACAUGUUGCUCAUAUUUCACCCCAAAAUGGAUUAGACCUUUGAACUUCCUAGUUCAGUAGUCUGGCUGUAGCAACCAAUACUGAAGUUGAAAGUCACCUUAAAACUCAAAGGCUGCAAUCUUAAUGGAUGUUUACUACACUGAGCAUGGAACAUACACCAGAGUAGGCAUGCAUAGUACAGUGGUGCCUCGAGUUACAAACGCCUCAGGUUACAAGCACUUCAGGUUACAAACUCUGCUAACCUGGAAGAGUUCCCUCAAGUUGAGAACUUUGCCCCAGGAUGAGAAUGGAAAUCGUAUGCUGGUGGCGCAGCAGCAACAAGAGGCCCCAAUAGCGAAAGCACGCCUCUAGUUAAGAACAGUUUCCGGUAAAGAACGAACCUCCAGAACGAGUUAAAUUUGCAACUAGAGAUACCACUGUAUUGAACUGUUCGUCUGUUAGCCAAAGAAUCUGCUUCAGGAUAUAUCUCCUGAGGUGUGGUGGGACGCAGAAUACAGUACAUCCACAAGGACAUAACACACCCAGUAGAGGAGAGAUCUCACUGGUGAAAAACACUCCCUCCAGCAUGGGAUUUGAAAAGGUGUGAAUCACUUUGCUUCCCCAUUGCUUGGAUUGUUCUGCCAAAUUAAAAUCAGUAUAAGCAAUAGAAAAUAUCAAAAUACCCAAAUGCCCACCAAUCACAGUGAACAUGUGUUUGUGAGCUGUAGUCAUGCUCUCACCAUAAACACUGAUGACAUCAGAGCCCAUGGCAGAGGUAAUCCUUCAAGUACGCAGGCGUUGAAAUCUGGUUAGGGCUUUAAAUGUCAAAACAAAUGCUUUGAUCAGAGUUGGAUUUGUUAGAAGAUCCAGGCUCUGUCUUUGAAAUUCUCUGUAUGGCAUUAGUACUAAUACCAGUGUACUGGAAGAAGCAAAGAUCACCAGUGUUGAAGCAAUGAUUCUUCAACAUCAACUUUGUUGGACUGGUCAUGUUGUGCGGAUGCCUGAUUAUCGUCUUCCAAAGCAACUACUCUAUUCCGAACUUAAAAAUGGAAAGCGUAAUGCUGGUGAUCAACAAAAGAGGUUUAAAGACUGUCUCAAUGCAAAUCUUAAAAAAAUGUAGUAUAGACACUGACAACUGGGAAACACUGGCCUGCGAGCGCUCCAGUUGGAGAACAGCUUUACCAAAGGUGUCAUGGGCUUUGAAGAAACUCGAUCUCAGGAUGCAAGGGAGAAACGUGCUAAGAGGAAGGCACGCUUGGCAAAUCCACACCGUGAUCAACUCCCGCCCGGAAACCAAUGUCCCUACUGUGGAAGGAUGUGUGGAUCCAGAACUGGCCUCCACAGUCACUUACGGACCCAUUGUUAAAACCGUGUUUAUGGAAAACAAUCUUACUCGGAUACGAGUGAUCGCCAAAGAAGAAGAAGAGGAAGAGGAAGAAGAAGAUGGCAUUAGUCAUCCUCCCUAAUGCGUAUGAUUGGCGUUUGCACUGCCUCACUUGGUUCUUUUGGCCUGAUGCGUUUUUUUGGCUUGGCCUGGUCAUGGAGUAUUGCAGUUGCUCUGGGCAUUUACCUUGGCACUGGUGGCUGGACAUUUCUCCGGAUCAUCUUUAAAACAGCCUUGAGAGAUCUCCUGGGGCUGUCGGUGCUCAUACAGGUUAAAUAUAAAUUGUACUGGCACCGGAAAGCCAAGAGCAAUGUCCCCAAGAUAUUCCAGGAUGUGGUUCGCCGACAUCCAGAAAAAGUGGCCUUUAUCUAUGAAGCUACUGAUGAGAAAUGGACUUUCCGGCAUCUGGAUGAAUAUUCUAAUGCUGUGGCCAACUUCUUCUACCAGCAAGGUUUUCGAGUUGGUGAUGUCAUUGCCAUCUUUAUGGAGAGUCGACCUGAGUUUGUGGGCUUCUGGCUAGGGAUGGCCAAAGUGGGCAUUGAGGCAGCCCUCAUCAACUUCAACUUGCGUCUUGAUUCUCUGACUUACUGUGUGAAAACAUCAGGGGCAAAAGCGAUCAUCUUCGGCGCAGAGUUGUCAACAGCAAUAUCUGAAGUGAAUGGGACACUGGGGAAAAAUAUGGUCAAGUUCUGUUCUGGAGACUUCAAACCUGAAUCCGUUCCACCAGGCACCAAACACCUGGACCCUCUUCUGACUAAGGCAUCAACAUCUCCUCCAGCUCAGGUUCCAGCCAAAGGAUUAGACGAUCGGCUGUUCUACAUCUACACCUCUGGCACAACUGGAAUGCCCAAGGCUGCCAUUGUGGUGCAUAGCAGGUAUUACCGCAUAGCAGCUUUUGGUUAUUAUGCCUACAGAAUGACCCCCAAUGAUAUAAUCUAUAACUGUCUACCACUGUAUCACUCAGCAGGGAAUAUCAUGGGUGCUGGCCAGUGUGUGAUCCAUGGCCUGACUGUAGUGAUUAGGAAGAAAUUUUCUGCCAGUCGCUUCUGGGAUGACUGUGUGAAAUACAAGUGCACAAUUAUCCAGUAUAUUGGGGAGAUCUGCAGGUAUCUGCUGAACCAGCCGGUGCGGGAGGCAGAGAAACACCACCAAGUGCGCCUGGCAAUAGGAAAUGGUUUGAGGCCUACCAUCUGGGAAGACUUCACCCAACGCUUCCAAAUUAAACAGAUUGGGGAAUUUUAUGGGGCCACAGAGUGUAACUGUAGCAUUGCUAAUUUGGAUGGAAAGGUUGGUGCCUGUGGCUUCAACAGCCGGAUUUUGCCAAAUGUGUAUCCUAUUCGCUUGGUAAAAGUAAAUGAGGAUACCAUGGAAUUGAUAAGGAAAGAGAAUGGACUAUGCAUCACCUGCCGCCCAGGAGAACCAGGACUGCUUGUGGGUCGAAUAAACCAGGAGGAUCCUUUGCGUAGGUUUGAUGGCUAUGUCAAUGAGAAUGCGACCAACAAGAAGAUUGCUUACAAUGUCUUCCAGAAAGGGGACCAGGCUUACCUUUCAGGAGAUGUACUAGUGAUGGAUGAACUUGGCUACAUGUAUUUCAAAGACCGGAGUGGGGACACAUUCCGUUGGCGUGGGGAGAAUGUCUCCACCACAGAGGUUGAAGGAAUCCUGAGCCACAUUCUCAGCAAGACAGAUGUUGCUGUUUAUGGAGUUGAGGUGCCAGGAGUAGAAGGCAAGGCAGGAAUGGCAGCCAUUGCUGAUCCUGAAGCCAGGUUGGACCCUAACGUGCUGUACCUAGAGAUGCAGAAAGUCCUGCCCCCUUAUGCACGACCCAUCUUCCUCCGGCUCUUGCCCCAGGUUGACACUACAGGCACUUUCAAAAUUCAGAAAACACGUUUGCAAAGGGAAAGCUACAACCCACACCAGACAUCUGAUCGAUUAUAUUUCUUGGAUGUAAAACUUGGCAAGUACCUACCUGUGGAUGAGUGUGUGUUUGAGAGGCUCCAGGCUGGAAAAGUAUCUCUGUGAUUUCAUCAGCAAAAGCCACUAGUGACGAGUUUGCCUUGGAGGGCUUUGCUUGGCUAGAGAAACAAACUUGGCUAAAUAAGUGAAGCAAGGUUUCCAUUCAGAACAUCUGCAGUAGGGACAAAAACUAGCACGGCACAGGGAGCAGAGUGGCCAUCAUCUUUUUCAAAAGCACAUUAACUGUUUCCUGAGCAAAGGUGGUAGCCCCUUUCUACUGUUCAGUCUUUAGAAUGGUUUUUCUUCCCCUUCCUCUAUGUAACCAUUGCAUUGUAAGACACUGUGUGAAGCAAGACAAUUAUUACAUUGUUAAAGCCCUCAGUAUGUUGGCGUGACUGAGUCUGCAAUAGUCCCUCCAGUUGUCACCACUCUGAAAUGUCCCCACGUUUACAUAGAACUUUAAUGGACUGACUUUCAAAAUGCAAUAUCAUUUUAUCUGCAGAGACUUUGAUCUUAAAAAUAAAAUGACUAAUUUGAUGAAGUAACAACAAUGUUGGUAUUAAAAAUGUUAUAUUAAAGCAAAAACAAAUUUGGGCCGAAAAAUGCACAGGAAACACCCUACUAAUCCAUUGUGAUGCUUGAAAGCUUCCACACAAUGACAGAUUAAUAAAAUACUUUGUAUCCUCUUAGGGGAAGUCAUUGUGCUUUGCUAAUCUGCCUAAAGAUAUAUUGGUUUACAUGUCCACUUUUGAACAUUGCAACAUUUCAGAUUACUUGACGUUGAUCCAGAAUCUUGGAAAACAGUGUGAUAAUCCUGAAAACAAAGUCUGGUAACGUUUGUUAUGGUUUCCCUGAUCCACACUGCUCUCUGUAGGAAGUGUGGCAGCUGCUCAAAGCAAGUUGCAACAUAAUCCUAACAUUCACCUUCCAUCAGUACACAACUGUGGGUAUUACCAACUCUACCGUUUUUUCUAGUGCAAUUUCUGUAGAUGGCACAAAGCAUUUUAUUUAAAACAAGGAAGACAGAAGGGCUACUGAGACUUGUUGGUGACCAUACCUUCAAAGUUGCUGUGAUUCAUUCUUGUGAUUAUGUUGUUGUGGAAGACCUGUACCACUAAUGCAGCUAUUCCUAGGAUAUCCUAGUUAACUUCUGUGGAAUUAAUUAUUUUACUGGGACGUUCCUUUAAUAACCAUUCUUCUCUUUCAUAAAAAUGUAACUUUGCACAAAACCAUUUUACAAAGACUUCUGUGCACUGUUAUGUUGUAUAACAGAGCACGAUACAGUACUAGUAGGGCCAUUGUUAAGUAAUGGUUCUGAAACAAGUGGAAUGUGUGCUUUCCCUUUUUUAAUUAGACCCAGAAUGUGCCUUUCAUCAGAGCCAGACAGAGCAGGUUAACAUUUGUUAUAAAUUUAGCUUUGUUAUUAAUCCUCAGAAAAAGGCACCUACAGCUAACUGAGCCCUGUUGUUUGGAGAAAAGCACAUAUGGUAGUUUUUUUAAGGCUAUAGUUCAUGGUUUGAACAAAAAUCAUGCACUAACAGUUAUUUGAAGCAAAGUUACAUUUUCAGAUGGAGUCACUAUUGUCAAAGUAUAACUUUGUUUUGAAAAUAAAAAAUGAAGAAAGCUUAAGAGUUUGUCUUGCUCUUUUUUGUCUCUGUCUUCUUUGCUGUGUGCAGUUGCAUGUCAUUUCAAAUGCAGAGACCUGUUUCACUCUUUGUCGCCUUCAAUUCUGUUCUGUCAGGCUUUAUUAAACCAAUGGAUAUAGCUAGUCAAGCAAAAAGACUUUUGUGGGCGGACACCACUUAGCAUUAGACUAUCACCCGUGUCUCUUCAUCGUAUCUGCAUAAGCCGUUAUCACAGGCAAGUCUGAUUUGGAUUAGUAACUAAGGUUGCCAGCAUGCAUAUUGAGCACGCAGUACUGUAUGUAUUCUGUAAAUUAUUAUGUUAAUGGGUGCCCUUUAAAACCCAUAUAAAGGAUAUACUUAAGACAAACACCUC